CGGGGGUUUUCAUUGUGUGAAGAGGGGUCUUAGAUCGCGCGUCAGGCAAGCCUCCCAUUGUUUGAAGGGGGGGUCGAGGAUCGCGAGUCUGGGGUGGCUUGGCUGACGGGCCUGACUCUCCUGACCUGGGUGUCUGAUCCAACGGUGGGUAAUGUUGGAUGAUCUGGUGCAAUCUGAGAUCGUUCAAUCUUGAUUCGGUGGCAUGCACCAGCUAUUGAACAGUGGGCACCAGCUAUUGAACAGUGGGACGUGGGCAAAUGUAGUAGAUCGUUCGAUCUUGAUCUCGACGGCGUGCACCAGUCGUUGGAUAGUGGGAGGUGCUGUCGGUGAUGUAACACGUGAGAGGUGCUGUCGGUGAUGUCACACGUGAGAGGUGCUGUCGGUGAUGUCACACGUGAGAGCGAUGUUUGUUAGGCGUGCAACAAGAUCCGACUUCUUGAUGCCGUAACGGAGCACGGUGCUCGAUGUCCCACUCAGAUAUAUUAUUAGACUGUGACAACAAGUGUGGAUGGAGUAGCUGGGAGUCACAAAAACAAACUGAAAAAGACGAGCAAGACUUGCAUGUCACGAAAAGACAAGUUCGGAAGACAGUGACAACGAGGGUGUGUUUGCGACUUGCAGAUGGGGUAACUGUGACAGCAAGGGUGGAUGGAGUAGUUCGGAGAAAACUCUUCUUCGUUCCGUUCCUUGUACCGUCCUCUGUGGCUGGGACGGACCAGACUUGCAUCCUCUUUCAGGGUCUUUCAUGUUUCUUUAAGUGUGUGACAGUGCGAAGCUAUACCUUGGCUCCGAAGAUGGACCUCUUCAGCUGUCUUCCUGAUGGUGUUUUGCUAAUGAUUAUUGGCUGUAUUGCUGAAUCUGAUUUGAAGGCUUUCAUUCACCUUGGAACGGUCUGCAAGCGAUUUCACAGACUCAUGUGGCAGGUUCCUGCUCUGCUGGUUCGCGAUGUGAAAGAAGACUUCAUCCCUGGCCUCAUCUUGCGCAUGGAACGGUUAGUGAAGCUCGACAUCACCCUCAGAACUCAUUGCGGGAUCGAGACCUGCCUCCAGCAUUCCUACCAGUCGUUAACCUGUCUGUGUAUUCGCAAGUUUCACAAAAUCGGCGACAAAGUCAAUCACAGUUUUGUGGAGCAGGUCCUUUCGUUGACAAUGACGGUUUGUCAAAACUUGCGGAAACUCUCUCUUCUCUUCUGUGGGCUCUCGUUUGCCCCUCAGGAGGUCGAUUGGGGCAAACUUGGCGAACUGGGUCCCGUGCUAGCUCUGCGAGAACUGGAAAUGUCGCAUGUGUGCUUUUCGCGAGGAAGUUUGCUCGAAGGGCUGCUGCACAUUUUCCCACGUCUGGAGUUGCUUGAUCUCCGCGAACUGAGGGGUCUAGAGGACAUGGCGUAUGUGGACGGACGUUGCUUACAGCGCCUUGCUGUACAGUGCCACUUCAACGAUGGCGCGACAAUCAACAUCAACGCGCCAGCAUUGAAAGAGCUGCAACUGGUCGAUGUAGGAGGUUUCGCGAUCGUGGGCGGGGAGGGCCCUGAGUCGCUCCUGAUCGACGGCUUCCUCAAUCCGGGUUGGCUGGACCCCGUCAUGUUUCUGAGGCUGACGCGGUUGUCCGUCAGCAUAACGGACUACUUCAAUCAGUUCGGCAAGACCUCUUUCGUGAACCUGUUGGAGGAGCUGCGCCGCUUCCUCGACGCGCAUAGGCACAACCUGGAGGUCGUGUCGCUUAACUUGGAUGCGCGAUUCCAAAUGCGCGCCGUGUCGAAGGCCGUAACGAACGUCUUCUCCCUCGAGUUUCCCAACUUGAAGAUCCUUCGCCUCAGGCGAUGGGUUAAUGACCUGAUGGAAGAGCUGCACUUGCGCAAUCUGCUCUGUUGCCCCUUCAGUGCUCCGAAGCUGCAGCAGUUGCAUCUGGAGGUAGGCCAAAGUAUGUCCAUCCUUACGAUCUCGCUCAUCCGGUUCUUCUUAAAGUCCUCCCCAUCACUUAGAACUGUUGUCAUAAACUGGGAGUCCGACGACCAUCUCAAGUCAGACCCGCUAGUAACCUCCGAAUCGCAGGGGCUGCAAGAAUUGCGCGCAUCAUUUCCGAAAGCGGCAUUCGUAUUCAACAGUAGAUUGUUCAAAACAUAUGAAAGAGACUGCUGGUGUGUGGAAUGGCCAGGCCUCGAGUGGGGUGAUGAGAUGGGAGAAAGUGGGUGAAAAGCGACAAGUAGAAAGAGUGUCGCGACACCCAAUUUUCUGU